AAAAGAACUUCAACUUGACCUCUUUUAAUUAUGUCGGUAGCUAUAAUCUAUAAACUUCUCCCUUUCAUCUUUAAAAUAUUUUGAUUUUUUGCAAACAAAAUAUUAAAUCAAUCAUAAAUAUUAGUGCGUCGAAAACUAAUGAUUAAUUAUAUAUUUUGAAAAAAUAAUUUUUAAUUAUUAAUCACAUUAUUUAUGUAUUAAUAAAGAAUAGGAAUACCUAAACUACCCUCCAUAAAUAAAGUUGUGAGGGAAUAUAAUUAGCAGAGGCAUAUGAUCAAGCAGUUGGCGUGCAACAACUCCAACAAGAAUUUUCCUGCAGAAAGUCGGAGAUGAAGGCGUGGAUUUACAGAGAAUACGGCGGCGUUGAGGUGUUGCAGCUGGAAUCCGAUGUUGCGGCGCCUGAGAUUAAGGAUGAUCAGGUCUUGAUCAAGGUUGUCGCAGCUGCUCUUAAUCCCGUCGAUUACAAGAGACGCCUCGGCUUAUUCAAGGCCACCGAUUCACCUCUUCCUAUAGUUCCGGGCUUCGACGUAGCCGGAGUGGUGGUUAGGGUUGGGAGUGAAGUGAGGAAUUUGAAGGAAGGAGAUGAGGUUUAUGGAGAUAUAAUUGAGAAAGCAUUUGAAGAUCCAAAACAAAUGGGUAGUUUAGCUGAAUUCACAGCUGCUGAGGAGAAGUUGUUGGCUCUCAAGCCCAAAAAUCUUGAUUUUGUGGAGGCUGCUUCUCUCCCUCUUGCCCUAGAGACGGCCUACGAGGGCCUCGAAAGGGCCGGUUUCUCCGAGGGCAAAUCUAUCCUUGUCCUCGGAGGAGCAGGCGGUGUCGGAUCACUUGUAAUUCAGCUAGCAAAACAUGUGUUUGGUGCUUCAAUGAUCGCUGCGACCGCCAGCACUUCGAAGCUGGAUUUAGUGAAAAGCUUUGGCGCAGAUUUGGCUAUCGACUACACCAAACAAAACUUCGAAGAUUUGGAUACGAAAUUCGACUUAGUUUAUGAUGCCGUUGGAGAAAGAGAUAGAGCGGUGAAGGUGUUGAAGGAAGGUGGUAGCGUGGUAGGGAUAGAUCCAAAGGACCCGACGUUUGUCUUGACGUCGAGUGGGGACUUCUUAAAGAGGAUCGCCCCGUAUUUGGAGAGCGGGAAGGUGAAGGCCGUGCUCGAUCCCAAGGGACCUUUCCCUUUCAACAAGGUUAAGGAGGCUUUCUCGUAUCUCGAGACGAAUCGCGCUAUUGGAAAGGUGGUGGUAUAUCCAAUUCCUUAGGAUCUGUUUGGUUACUCGAGAUUAUACUGGCCGAAAUUACUAAAGAUUGGGUAGGCCACCAAGAUUACUCGAGAUAAAGGAUGAGGCAAAGACUAAUUGUACGUGGCACUGUUAUGAGAUUAAGUCUCGGACCAAGUCCAUCCAAUCAAAUGGCAUAUUAUAACAUAUCAUGAGACUAAUUUUAUCUAAA